AUGCAGCAACCUUCAACACCCACACCACUUCAUCGAACAGUCCACAAAGUCCCUUCCAGGCGUUCCCUCUUUCUCAGCUCAUCCCCUUCUUCCUACUCGAUCACUCAAAGUUCGUCAAACUCAUACCUCAGGCUGUUCGUAGGUGCACUUGCCGUGGCUGGAAGUAAGACUUGGGUUCUAGAUGAUCCUAGACAUCUUGGAGGAGGAGUAGGUUGGUUGGUCUCCGGAUUAUGGGCGGGUAGGGUUAUAGGAGAAAUUAAGGAAUUGUUCGGCGAUGCGAGGAAGAAAAGUAAGAAUAGUGCAACAAGGACAGCGGACAAUGUACAGCUCAGCGUUGCUCUAGCACUACAAUCUGUAGCUUUCUUCUCUGCACUACAGUAUAUCGGGCCACUAAGACUGAUCAUCGUCGCCUUACUAAGCUCAUCAAUCGGAGCAACGACGCUGUCUGAUAUCAAAAGCCUCAUACCUCUUAUACCUUUAAUACUAUCCUCUGUGUAUAUCACGGUUGAGACAGCGACUGUGAACGUCAUUGCUCUUAUAUCGCUGUUGGUAUUCGCCGGUUCUACAUUCUUACCCGACCAAUAUCUUUCCAACCAACACACAAGUCGAAUGAAGAAUGAGAGUAAAGAUAAGAUCAGAAAUGAUAAGGGAUUAUGGUUAUGCUUGAUAUCCACUACAAUAGCGUCCUUGUCAAUAUUCAUUCUAUAUCAAAUGGGUAUCAUACCUAUUCCAUUACCUAUAUCUAAUGUUCCAGGACAAAGAUUCGCUUCUUUUGUUACUGGUUUAUUAGUUAGAUAUAUCCCAUUCCCAUUCACAUCUACAUCAUCUCCCGGUUCAGUAUUACGAUUGAAAACAGUCAGAGAUAAAAUAUUGUUCUUAUGUACUAUACCAGUACUUCAGUUCUUCGCGCUAAAUCCUACACCUACAACGAUCGAUUUGUUCGCCCUUCUUCCUUUGGCGCUUCUCAGUAUAAAUAUAAUGGGAGAGAGAAAGACUGGAGGCAAAUCUACCGUUUCAUCAUGGUCAUUCCCCAAUAAAUCACUUUCGACAGCAAGAUCAUCAUGGUCUUUCAUGUCCCUCUUACCGGCAAGAUGGAGACCUCAUCUUCAAACUAUACUGAAUACCCCACAAUCCUCGAAAAUCUUCUACUUCCUCUUACUCAACUUGGCGUACAUGUUCGUCCAGAUGAUAUACGGCGUAGCUACCAAUUCUUUGGGUCUACUGUCUGAUGCCAUUCACAUGUUGUUCGAUUGCUUAGGUUUAGCCGUGGGACUGUGGGCUUCAGUAGCUGCGACUUGGAAACCUGAUGCAAAAUACACAUUUGGUUAUAAUAGGGUAGAAACGUUAAGUGGAUUUGCAAAUGGAUGCUUUUUGAUAUUGAUUUCCAUCUUCAUCAUAUUCGAAGGUAUUCAGCGAGUUCUUGAUCCUCCGGAGAUGGAAAUCAAACAGCUGCUGCUUGUAUCCUCAGUUGGCUUAGCUAUCAACUUGUGGGGGAUGUGGGCUACUGGAGGUCAUCAUCAUCACGGACAUGGCCAUGGACAUGGGCACGAUCACGGUAACAGUCACGGUCAUUCCCAUAUCCCUGUAAAUGAGAAGAAGGAGGAUCACAGACACGAUGAUAGUCACAAUCAUCAUCGCUCAGUGUCGCAAGGAACAUCAGCCUCUACAAGACCUGUGCGAACUUUGGCUAAGCGAAGAUCAUCUGGAUUUUUAAGAUCACAUGUACAACAGGACACCCAUGUACAACACCAUACUCCGACACACGGCCAUAACCACCAUGAACACACUGAUUGCAACGGACACGAUCAUGAUCAUCACGAUCACCAUAAUCAUGUGCAUAAUGAUCAUGACCACGAUCAUUCUCAUCCUCAUCCUCACCAGGACCAUUCUCACAGUCACACACACCAGAGUCAUGAUCAUGACCAUGACCAUUCUAACGAUCACGAUGACCACGGACAUGGAAAUGAUCAUGCACACAGUCAUAACAUGCGUGGAGUCUUCUUGCACGUAAUGGCAGAUACAUUAGGCAGCGUGGGAGUGAUCAUCUCGACUAUAUUGAUAAAAUUCACAGGCUGGACGGGAUUCGAUCCCAUCGCAAGUUUGUUUAUCGCUAUCUUGAUUAUGGCCAGUGUAAUUCCUUUAGUCAUCGAUUCAGGAAAAGUAUUGUGUUUGGAUGUUGGUUCGCAUAAAGAAGAAGAAAUCAGAAAUGCAUUAUCAGAGUUAAAUACAGUUGAAGGAGUAGCGAAUUACGCUUCACCUAGAUUUUGGCCAAGAUGCGAAGGUGAAUUAAUUGGAUCAAUUCAUAUUCAACUAUCACCUUCACCUUCAUCUUUUGAUCCAACCAGAUUCUCAACCCCUUAUCUGAAUAGACAGCAGAAGUCAGGAGAUACAAUCUAUGUGAAUUCAGAUAAAGUUAUAGCUAGAGUCGAAAAAACAUUGAAGAAAAGAAUAAAAGGUUUGACUGAAUUGAUAGUUCAGAUUGAAGGAAGUGAAGAAAAAGGUUUUUGUACUUGCAUGACUGGAAGGUAG